AUGAAUGGGGCUUCUGGUCGUCCGACUCGAUCUCUUCAGUUACGCCAUUCUCAUCCUACAAUCCAAGGAUGUAGAUCGGUUUACUGUUACGAAAGACUAAAUCAUAUUGAAGAAGGAUCAUAUGGAGUAGUCUUUAGAGCAAGAGAUAAAGAAUCAAAUGAGAUUGUAGCAUUAAAGAAGAUCAAGAUGGAUCAAGAAAAAAAUGGGUUUCCGAUCACUUCUUUAAGAGAGAUUCAUACCUUGAUGAUGGUUCAACAUCAAAACAUUGUAAAUGUUAGAGAAAUCGUAGUGGGUGAUACCUUAACCCAGAUAUUUAUUGUGAUGGAUUUUAUUGAACAUGAUUUAAAGACACUUUUAACGACGAUGAGAACUCCAUUCUUAUCAUCUGAAAUCAAAACGAUUAUGAUUCAAUUAUUAUCAGCCACAGCUUGUUGUCAUUCGAAUUGGAUAAUCCAUCGAGACAUCAAAACCUCAAAUAUCUUGAUGAACAAUCGAGGCGAGAUCAAACUAGCGGAUUUCGGAUUAGCCAGAAUGUAUGGAGAUCCAUCGAUGGGAAACCUAACGAGAUUAGUCGUCACACUUUGGUACCGAUCACCUGAACUUUUAUUAGGUUUAGAUGAUUAUCAUCCAUCUAUUGAUCUUUGGUCGAUUGGUUGUAUCUUUGCUGAAUUGAUCUUACGUGAUCCGAUCUUUCCUGGUAAAGGUGAAAUCGAUCAAUUAAAUCAAAUCUUUAGUUUAUUGGGUAAACCUCAUCAAGAUAAUUGGCCUGAAGUGGUGAAGUUACCGAAUUUUAAAAGUUUAAAUUUGAUCCAUUUACCUAAUUAUUCAACACUUAGAUCUAAGUUUAAGUAUUUAACUGAAUUAGGUAUCGAUUUGAUGAAUGCGUUGUUAACUUAUGAUCCUUCUAAAAGGAUUUCGGCUGAAGACGCUUUACGUCAUCCUUAUUUUAAUGAAGCCCCUUUACCUAAACAUCCCAAUGCCUUUCAAUCAUUUCCAUCCGUAGCAGCAGGAGAAAAGUGA